AGUAGAAAUUGGGUUUAGCAAACGUGAUCAUUACUUUCGAUAUUCUGGGUGUUUGAAAUCGUUCUUGUCUUGUAAUGCAAAGUCUUGGGUCAUGACUAAUGAUGAAUGUUUAGAUAAUGGACCUGCUCUUCCUCCAGCAGAACCUGAAGUAGCAGAACAGUCGAAGAAGAAGAAGAAGAAGAAAAAGAAGAAGAAGAAUGAAGUUGAUGAAGGUGGAGACGUGAAUGUGGGAGAUGGAGAUGCUGCUGGUGAGAUCACAGACAGACUGGCCAAACAAGAGAUACAGGAGCCAGAGGAGAAACCAGAACAAGAUGGUGAACAGGCAAGUGAAGGAGGUGCAAAGAAAAAGAAGAAGAAGAAAAAGAAAGGUGGAGUCAAAGAACAAACAGUACCUCCAACUAUUCCAAUUGCAGAGUUAUUUCCUAGUGGAGAUUUCCCAGAAGGUGAAAUAAUGCAAUACCCAAAACUUGCAGACGAUCGUAUGGCAAAAGACCGGUUCACCGAUGAAGAAAAGCGGGCUUUGGACCGAUCUCAGACCUAUCUGUAUAAUGAAGUGAGGCAGGCUGCUGAAGCACACAGACAGACCAGAAAGUAUAUGAGAUCUAUAAUUAAACCUGGAAUGUUGAUGAUUGACAUAUGUGAAACUCUGGAAAACACUGCUCGGAAGCUGAUUCAGGAGAAUGGGCUGGAGGCUGGCCUGGCCUUCCCGACAGGGUGUUCAUUGAACCACUGUGCUGCUCAUUACACUCCUAAUGCCGGAGAUACAACAGUACUACAGUACGACGAUGUGUGCAAAAUAGACUUUGGGACGCAUAUUAAUGGUCACUUAGUUGAUUGUGCUUUUACAAUGACUUUCAACCCUAAAUAUGACAAACUGCUUGAAGCUGUUAAAGAUGCAACGAACACUGGUAUCAGGGAAGCUGGAAUUGAUGUUAGGCUGUGCGAUAUCGGUGAGAGAAUACAGGAAGUGAUGGAGUCCUAUGAAGUAGAGCUAGAUGGCAAAACAUACCAAGUUAAAUCAAUCAGGAAUCUCAAUGGUCAUUCAGUAUCACAGUAUAGGAUACAUGCAGGCAAGACGGUGCCAAUUGUGAAAGGUGGAGAAAAAAUUAAAAUGGAGGAGGGAGAGUUCUAUGCCAUUGAGACAUUUGGCAGCACGGGUAAAGGAGUUGUGCAUGAUGACAUGGAGGUGUCUCACUACAUGAAGAAUUUUGAAGUUGGCCAUGUUCCUCUUAGGUUAACAAAAUCUAAGCAGCUGUUAAACACCAUCAACCAGAACUUUGGCACUCUUGCCUUUUGUCGUCGCUGGCUGGAUCGUCUCGGUCAGACCAAGUACUUGAUGGCUUUGAAAAACCUGAUGGACGUGGGAAUCAUUGACCCAUACCCUCCACUGUGUGACAUUAAGGGCUGCUACACAGCUCAGUGGGAACACACACUCGUCCUGCGCCCCACAUGCAAGGAAGUUAUAACACGAGGAGACGAUUAUUGAAACACGUGUGACUGAGACUUAACAAUUAAAGCACAUCUGAUGACACAAAUAAGGCUGUUUAAAAAAAUUAAUGUGCUGGGAUCGAUUGGUGACCGUGUCAACGCACAAUUGUUAUUAAGAUGGUAGAAUUUAGUUGUGAUGUACAGAUUUAUAUUAUUUGCAUUUGGUAAUGGAAUACUAGUAAAUGAAUAUUCAGUAUUCAUUGGAUUCUUUUUUUUUGUGACUGCAGGGCUUUAGAUUGCACCAAAGCAGAGGCAGUAAAGGGUGUGCCCAAAAAUAAGUACAAACAUGCUAACCUCGAAACAUUUCACCUCGAGAUCAAUGGAAUGUUAAGAUGUAAUUAAAUUAAAAUAACUGGCAAUGCAUUUCUGAAUAUGUACAACUCUUUACCAUCCAUUAUUAACGUUAAUGCACUAAAAACAACAUGGUGUGCUCAAAACAACCAAAAAGACGUGUGCCUAAAUUAGUGAGAUUUAAAGCCCUAGGCAGUUUUUAGUUCUUGGACGAAAUUCUGGUCAAAUUUCAAUAACUGAUUGUUAAUGGCAGAUUCAGAAAUGGGAUCUUGUGCAUGUAUGUACACCUUAUUACUGUCACUAAAAAUGCUCCCAUUAUAUUGUCUUUGAAUUUGAGGUACCUAUCUUUCAUACCAUUAUAACAUAUUAUGUAAUACUAUUUAAUUUUUGUGAAAAAUACAUGUAAAAAUGCAGUUUCAAUGACCCUGAAAAUCAAAAAUGUUUCUAGGGUCUAAUUUUUUUUAUGUGGGUAUAGUGUUCUACCUUUUUUCAGUUGAUCAUGGAUUCACUAUGGCACUGAUUGGGUUUAGCAGUCAAAUUAUUCAGCAUUUCUUUCUAUAAACUGAUGUGGCGUAUAUUACGUUUACCAGACUGUUUGAUGUUACAUUGGUCUUUAAUACCAUACAAACUAAAGUGUUUGAUAUGUACUGAAAUAUUGGACUACUUUAUGUAUGUUUAAGAGGUAUAUUUUAAUUGGUUCAAAGGCCUGGUAUGUAAUGGCCAACCUUUUAAUUUUUCUUGAAAUCUGAAUGUGUUCUGCAAAAUGGAUGUGAUUUUUAAUUACUGUUCAAUUAUAGUUUAUAAUUUAAAAAAAUUCUCAUUGUAAAGAACACAAGAUGAUGUUUUAAAAGUCCUAGGCUUUAGGUUGGGGUUAACUAUCUUGAAAAUGUAUAUUUAUAACUAAUUUUUUUCAAUUAAUGUGAUUUUAUGAAUAUGUAACAAUUAAAAUGUAUAUAAAAUAGCACAGCAUAGUGAUUUUGUACAAAAUUUGUCAGUUUAUGACCUACAUCGAUAUAAUUAUAAGCAAUUCUUACAAUUCCAAAGAACAGCAUUUAUUUAGUUCAUAAUACACAAAUUAAUUUCUCAUGUUCUUUGGCCCAUUUUACAUAAUGGCGUUCAGUGUAUUUUAUCGAAGAACAUUUAGCCCAUAUGAAUAAAUUAAAUCGUAUAACAGAAAGGUUGUAAUUAUGAAAUUGAACAUGGGCUUUUUCGGAAUAAUAUUGUGUAAUUUAAACAGGAUGAGUAAGAUUGUGUUAUAAAGUUACCACAGCAAAUAAAACUUUUUUAAAAUGUGUGCCUUCUGUUUUACCUAUGCCCAUGUAGUUCAUUUCUAUCUGAAAGUGCCACAAAGGACAUUUCCUCUUCUCUUUGCAAACGCAAUAUGUCAAUGUUUUUAUAUGUUAGUUUUGUAAUUCAGUUUCUAAAAUCUUGGUAUUUAUCGAGAAAUAAGAAGAUAUACCUCUAAUUUAACUUGUUCACUUAAUAAUACACACCAUCUGAGAUUUCCAAGGUGUUUUUUUGUGUGUGUUUACAAGAUUUUAUUUGUUAGAAGAAAGCAUUUGAGAAGUCAGUCAGCAGAUAUUAGUAUGUAAGGUACAGUCUUAUUUUGAUGUGUUUUACUGAAUAAAAUAUUAAACUGAA